AAAAUAACCAAUAUAAUUGUAUUCUUAGGUAUGCCCGGGAUAACUGCUUAUGGAGGUUUUUAUGAGCUAUGCUCCCCAAAGAAAGGAGAAACUGUGUAUGUGUCCGCUGCAUCUGGAGCUGUUGGCCAGCUCGUUGGACAAUUCGCUAAGCUAGUAGGUUGCUAUGUUGUUGGAAGUGCUGGAAGCAAAGAAAAGGUUGAACUGUUGAAGAACAAAUUUGGUUUUGAUGAAGCAUUUAACUAUAAAGAGGAACAAGAUUUAUCAGCAGCUUUGAAAAGGUACUUCCCUGAUGGAAUCGAUAUUUACUUUGAAAACGUUGGAGGAAAGAUGCUUGACGCAGUUCUUCUCAACAUGAGAAUCCAUGGACGAAUUGCUGUAUGUGGGAUGAUCUCACAAUACAACCUCGAGCAAAAUGAAGGAGUUCACAACUUGUUCUGCCUCAUCUCAAAACGACUCCGUAUGCAAGGAUUUUUGGCUGUUGAUUACUUUCCCCUAUACCAAAAGUUUGUCGAAAUGGUUACUCCACACAUUAAAGAAGGGAAGGUAAAAUAUGUGGAGGAUAUAGCUGAAGGCAUUGAAAGUGCACCAGGUGCUCUAGUCGGCCUCUUCUCUGGUAGAAAUGUUGGAAAACAAUUGGUGCUUGUUGCUCGUGAAUAAACUUAUAGAGUGUGUUUGGUACGAUGGAAAGUAUUUUCCUCAUGUAAUGAAAAUACCAGCAAAUGACUUUGUUGUAGAAAUCAUCAAGAUUGAUGUGUUUUCUCUAUCAUACAAACAUAUGUUAUCAAGUAUGCUAAGUUUGUACAGACCAAAAGUUGUUAUGAGUUUUGUGGUUACUGAACUUUGUGUUGCAAUAAAAGAAGACAUUUUGAAUGGCAAAAA